GUACAUUAUAGGUUAUUGCUAAACAUAGAAAAAUGAUAUGUAUGCAACUUGGUGUGUAGGUAUAUUAAGUGAAGACUUAGCCUUGGAUUGCUCUCUUGGGUUGGUGGGAACAAGAUCAAGGUCUUUAUUACUUAAAAUAUGACUACGUGUUGUCUCUAGGUAUUAAUUAAUUUAGUUUUGAAUAAAUACAGUAUUAUUGAGUGUGUAUUAAUAUUUUUUUAAUUUAAUUUAUUUACUAAAAAAGAACAUUGCGUGCGAUUGAUCACUGGAUUAAUGUAAACCAAUCAACAUUCCAGCCAGUCCAGUCGAUGUAUUGUCCUGGUGUUUUUAUGUAUCAACUGUUUAAAUGUCAUUUUCCCUAAACAGUUAGUAACAUUUAAACAGUAAGUUACAUUUCCGGAUUAUUUAGAAUGUUGUUUAUCGUCAAAUCAGUUGAUAUAUCUACAUUAAAUUCAAUUAAAGGCUGAACUUAAGUUGAGACUGAAUGCAUUACGAAGCGGAUUUGACAAAUAAUACGCACAUGAUUCUGCAGUGACUGUAAUGUAAAAAAGCCCAUCAAAUAACCGUUUUAAAGAAAGUUCUUUUUAUGAUUUUAAUCAAUGCAUAAAGGAUGCCGUUUCAUUAAAGAACUAAGUCGAUUUUAGUCGUAAUUUGAAAUUAUCCUAAUGUCAGAUUAUACCUUGUUUUCGCCACUUUUUUGAGUGAAUUGAAUUGAACAAGUAUUAGUGGUCAACAAUUUAUUUUGUUCAAUGGAAUAGGUGAUAAAAGUUUGUGUCAGUGUCAGAUCGUAAUACAUUUUUGUAAUUAUAUUUUACCGAGUAAGCUAUAUUUCACGAGUGGCGAGGCCUGAAGUGAAAUAUUUACUUUAGGUGUCCACGAGGUGAAAUAUAUAUUGCGACCUUACACUGAAAGCAACACUUUUCCCUCUAAUUAUAUGCCUAAACUAGUAAAAGGGAUAUAAAAUGACAUUUUUUUGUAGUUAUUCAGAAAAGUGCGACAAAUUGUAUGCGAACGCAACGUCAUUUCGUAGAUGACGUCAUUGGAAAAUUGUCCCAGCCCCGUGCGCACUGACGUUUGAUUUUGAAGUGAGAGUGGGCUAUAAUUUCAAAACAGUGAACAAUAUCGAAAUGUUAUUUCUCUGUUUGAAACAGUGAAAUGUCAUUUUCGUUUCACUAGUAAGCCGUAUAAAUCACCGGAAAGCAUAUAUUCUUGUAUAAUAAUAAAAGGCAGUUUUUCUCAUGUUUUCCAAUACAUUUUUCGAGUAAAUCAGUUUUCUUUAUUGAAAUCAGUUAAAGGGAUAUAUAUAUUAACAGUGGAUGGCCUAUUAAGUAGUAAGUUUACACACUGAAAUGUAGACCACUACAAAAGUCAAGAUUGGUUUAUAAUUAUAUGUACUUACACAAAAAUAAAUGGUUAAUCGUCUUACACAAAACUAAAUGGUAAUCGUCUGCGUCGAAUAAAAAAUCAGUUGCCAUUUGUGAUGUUUAUACAAUUUUAACAUUAUUUUCGUUACGAAGAAACUCGAAAAUUCAUACUUCCAUGUGGCGUAUUAUCUGGGAGACAAACACACUAUUAAAUUGAAUGUUCAGACUCAUCUAAAACCCUUAAAACCCUGUGAACAAGUCAAACAUGUUUUACUGGUUGGUCGGUAAUAAAGGUUGCAGUGACUGGCUCUUGUUAAAUGCGCACAUAUAGGUCGAUGCAAAAACUAUAUGUUUAAUUAUAAUGCAUAAUCAUGUUUAAAUCAUUUGUUUGAAUUGUUUAAAUAUUGGCAACAUUUUGCACUUUUUGCUGGGGACUUUGUGGCUUCGUAGCUAUAAUUAAUAAAAUAGUUUAUUAUUUUUAAGGCUAAUCUUUUUGUUUUCGUACACACAUCAUGCAGUACGCUUUUUGUUUUUAUCAUUUAAGUCAAAUGAGUUAAACAUAUUAAUGCAUAAAAAACGAAAUUAUUAUUUUGUUUCACCAACAUAUAUGGUGCGCCUUUAUUUUUCAAAUAGCCGUAUUGCUUUAUGACUAUCAUAUCAACCAAUCUAGAUCUUGUAACACGACAUUGACCUCUGUAGGCUAGAUUGUAUGACAAUUGAAGCAUUGUUCGUUAUAGUUAGAAAUUGAUAUGAAAGGAAUUAAAUACUAAACAUGUCACAAAGACAGUCUUAAAUUGGCAGAAUAUUUCAACGAUAACUUUCUGACCACUACGAUGAUUUCCGUACAUGGAUAUAUCCUGUUGUCUUUUUUGCUGCUGCUGAUGGCUAAUGGGAUGAUCGUCUGUGAACGGGGGGUCCGGGCGCCUCGUCAAAAGUACGCCAUGUAUGUGUGGACGGAUGGUUUCGACAAGGGAGUCAGCGGAUGUGGUCUAUCAGAGUUCCUCGCCUGGGACUCCCGAGGCCCGUGUUUCACGCACACAUGGAACACGGCAGAGAAGCGCGCCUGGCUGUGGAACACGUGCAACCUGCCGGGGCGGGAAGUAUCCGCCAUCUUUGUAAGCGACGUCCACCACAACUUGAAGCGAGCCAAGGAGACAGGGGACUGCUCCAGUGCCGAUAUUUCUACUGUCAGACUAAUGUUGUCUGAGGGACACAGUCAGGUCCCAAACCUGAAGAUCUACGGUUUAUACGCAGUAAGCGACCUGGCCGUGUCCGAGAGGAGUCUUGUCCAGUAUAUCGUCCACUACAACGACCACUGUGCAAGAAAUCCUAAUGAGCGUUUCGAUGGCGUUGCCGUGAACAACGAAGCUUAUGCCGGAAUCAAGUGUAAGUCUGAUGCCGAGAGAACACAAUACCUUCACGCCCUGGCUGAGAUCACUCUUGAGGCGGGAAAACAGACAAACGGUCGCCUGCUUACACACUACUCCAUGGGCUGGCAUUGGGGCAUAUGCGACGGCGCACCCAGUGACAUCACGUGGCGGGGAAAUACAUAUAACGCUAACCACCACAUGAUUGAUAUAUUCGACAGUACUGAUGUCCAGGUGGGCUACAUCAUCCACCCGCAGAUAGCCGACCGGAUGCGGCACGCCGGCUAUGAUCAUGCCCUGGCGGCCGGCAAACCCAUCUACACCACCGUCUACACUAACCGCGCGACAUCCCUCUGUCAGACCUCUUUCUUCCCGGACAACACGUGUCACGUCCACGGGCACAGUGAGGCCGCCAUGUUUGAGAGGUUUGACGACUUCUCCAAUAACGGCAUUGCGCAUGCGCUACCCUGCAUCCACUACUUCCGUGGGAUAUAUUCCGCUGGGGCUCACCCUGACUGGCCAUCGCAUCACUCAGGGCAUUCUCCGAUAAUUGGUUGAAUCAACGUUCGGGUGCAAGUAUUGGCAUAGUAUGCAAAGCCGAAUAGAAAACUGCAAUAAAUUAAUGAUGUAUCACAAUGGUUGUUUUGAUUGAUAUACCUUUACAACAAAAUAAACAUAUGGUAAACACUGGUGGCUGACGAUGUCAAACCGCGAGCCGUUUCGUUACGAAGACAGAAUCUUAUGUGCAGCUACUAUGACUUUACAUUUGAGAACAUAAAAGACACCGUGUGUCAUUGUGUUGAGGAUCACCCGGCAGAAAAGGUGUCCUACAUGUGGAAGUCGAUUGACGGGAGGAGUAAUCGCCAAAGGACAUACAAUGUAUUGGGGUCUAAUGUUACCGGCAAAGAAAUCAGUUUUGACCCCCAAUCUGGGAAAAUGAUAGUACCUACCGAAUCUACAGCCAGCGACAGCCCAGUUCGAAAACUACACAAAAUCAACACACCAUCAAAAUCAAUUCAACGUCAAUUAUAUUCACAAUUAGAAGUCGACCAAGAACAUGUCGAAGACUUAUCUUCAACUGAGGCAACAAAUUCAGUUGCUGAUUUAUCAGAACUGUUGGACACCACAGUGUUAUAUUCGGAUUCAGAGCCCGACAUUGAGGAGUAUGAACGAAUGGAAAAUGCAAAUGACAUCCCUGAUGCCGUAAUGGCGGACACACAAACUGUUCAAAUGGUAGUUCAUCAACUUAAAACGUUAUUGCCAUCUGUUACCACUCAUUUAGUCGAUUGUGGUCGUUUACACGAUGGAUGAAUUUCUUUCAUUUGAUUGAAGAAAAUGCAGAUUGUCUACAGCCAAGCUCAGUGAUGAUUUACGAGUGUAUAAGGCCGAAGCAUCAAAUCGAUGUUGAAAUAAAUCAAAAGGAAUUAUGAUUAACUUGGAUUUAAUUACAUAAUUAAAGACCUAUACAUCAAAAGAUGUAUGCUUAAUCAAUGCAAAAAGUUACCAAGACGAAUGCUUUUAAGUGAAACUUAAACAGACGAGAAUGAAUCAUCUUUCCCUAAUGUUAAACACAACAAAUUAAAUUAUAUUAAAGAUCAGCACACAUGUAUAAUUAUCUAAUGGCUGCAGAAGAAAACCUAGGCAUAUUCUGUUGAUGUCUUCAAUAGAAAACACAUACACCUUCAGUUGAAAACCCAUACCUAAUGCGGUGACUUCGAGAGAAAACCCAUACUCAUUUCUUAUCAACACGACCGAGUAUUAAAGGCAACUUUUGUAAAAAUAGAGGCAUAAAAUCAAAUGAAGAACAUGUACAGUCCAAAAAUAUGUUGAACUCGUUUUCAAAAGCUGAAAGUUUAAGCAAAAUAAUAACAUUUAAUAACGGAUGCUUGUGUUUAUCAUGAAUUUGCUGUAUAAAACCACACAUUAAAAAAGAAACUGUC